AUGACAGAAGCAAGCGAAAAAGCUGUUGUCAGGCUCGACGAAUAUGACCGCCACUCAGACAUCGUUGCCGAAGCAAAUGUGAAAGACAUCACUUCCGCACCACUAGGAAAUGUUCCCUCAGAGAUACCUGCCAACACAACCCCCGUCGAGGUACCAGACGGCGGAGCGCGUGCGUGGCUCCAAGUCCUCGGCUGCUUCUUCCUGUGGUUCAAUCUGUGGGGCUAUACCUUUGCUUUUGGCACGUUUCAAAACUACUACGAGCAGCAAUACCUUCCGACCACUAGCUCGUCUGCCAUAGCCUGGAUUGGGAGCAUACAAUCCUUCCUGUUGAUUAUCUCGGGACUAUGGACGGGUCCGAUCUUCGAUUGGGGUUACUACAUGUACCUGAUCUACUUCGGUGCGUGUUUGAGCACACUUGGCGCCUUCAUGUUGUCGUUGUCAGAUCAGUACUGGCAGAUUUUCCUCACUCAGGGGUUGUGUAUUGGCUUCGGUUGCGGUGCGCUUUUCAUUCCGACCAUGGCCCUAAUCAGUCGGUCGUUCGUGAAGAACAGGUCUAUUGCUGUUGGUCUUUGCACGUGUGGCGCUCCUAUCGGAGGUAUCCUGUAUACUGUGCUAUUCGAGGCAUGCCUACCCAAACUAGGCUUCGCCUGGACGGCUCGAGUCCUAGGCUUCUUCAUGCUGGGAACGUACUGUGUUGCACUCCCACUCCUGCUGCUAGGUGCAACAAACACAAAAUCGUUAUCGACUGGGAAGAAGAGAAAAUUGUUCGAUAAAGCAGCUCUGAAGGACGCGCCAUUCUGGUCUUACUCUGGUGUAACCUUCACGACAUUCAUGGCUUACCUGGUACCGUAUUUCUACAUGCCCUCAUAUGCACAAUCAGUUCUCGGACAGACACAGGCGAGAGCCUCAUAUACAUUGAUUGCAUCGCAAGCAGCUUCAGUGCCUGGACGAAUGCUUGCCGCUGUCGCGGCCAACUACUUUGGCGUCAUGGUUGCAUGGACAGGAUGUGCAGCCAUUUCUGCUAUAGUUUGCUUUGCAUGGAUGGGCGUUAACAGCUACGCAGGCUUCGUGGCCUUUUGUGCAUUCUAUGGCGCGUUUUCCGGUCCUCUGGUCCCACUACCACCGAGUAUUUUUCCAGUUGUCUGCCCGGAUCCUAAAGUGCUUGGUACCAGAUUAGGCAUGGCGCAGAGCAUAUCGAGUAUAGCUAACCUGAUUGGCCCUCCGAUAGCUGGCGCAGUCCUUAGAGCCUCGAACCCAGACGGAAAACACUUUGUCGGAGUCCAGUUGUUCACAGGACUUCUUAUGGCUUUAGGAAGCAUUCAGCUGAUGUUUCUCUGGCGCCUCUUACAUACAAAACGAGGCACCAAGUUCUGGAUAUGA